GCCGGGGUCUGCGCAUGCGCGCGAGGUCGCAGCAACUACGCCGACAGUACCACCUCCUACGCGCCGUCUUUCUCCACGGUUACCCUAGCUCUCCACCCCUCCUUUCCGCGGCGCUCGAGGGAUCAUGGCCGAUCCUCGCGUGAGGCAGAUCAAGAUCAAAACCGGCGUGGUGAAGCGAUUGGUCAAAGAAAAAAUGAUGUAUGAAAAAGAAGCAAAACAGCAAGAAGAAAAAAUUGAAAAAAUGAAAGCUGAAGAUGGUGAAAAUUAUGCCAUUAAAAAGCAGGCAGAGAUCCUGCAAGAGUCCCGGAUGAUGAUCCCAGAUUGCCAGCGCAGGUUGGAAGCAGCAUAUACCGAUCUUCUGCAGUUAUUAGAGGGUGAAAAAGACUUGGAAGAAACUGAGGAAUAUAAGGAAGCACGUUUAGUAUUGGAUUCAGUGAAGUUAGAAGCCUGAAGUUUUUCUGUACAGGAUGUUUUUUGCAUUAAAUCCUGGGAUCCAUUCCACAAUUCAUUAUUUUUGACCACUGCUGUAUGUUCAAGUAGUAUGAGAAUGUGAUUCUUUUUAUGCAGUUGCAUAUAUUUUUCUUUGCCUAAUUUAACGUGUCAAAUAAAUGAGUUCGUCUAAAAUUGUUUAUUUCAUACUUUACAAAAUAUUUUUAAUUAACCUUUUAUCAUGAAAUCAUAGACAUUUUUGACAGAGAAUUAAAAUCUGUUAGGUUCUCUUUGAAGUCUAGGUAUUUUGCUUCCUAAGUGUGGAUUGAGUUAAAAAUAGGAUACCUUUAUUUUUAGAUAAAAAUCCAAAUUUUGAACAGUUUAUUCUGAAUAGGGUACAACUCCUUCAAAAGAAAGGAAGAACUUGUCUGUGCAUAAAGCCUCACAUAUUUAUCCCUUUACAGUGAAAGUCUAACAUUUCCAUCACUGUUAACUAAUGGAAACAUUUAAAUCUCUUUCCAGAAAGAUAGAUUUAUACAAAAAACAUCAAUUAUUUAGAUCUCCAUGUAAGAUUCUUAUGAACAAAGAAUUCAGUUGUAUUUUAAAGGAAUAAUAAUGGUAUAUUGGCAAAUGUUUAACAGACCUUCAGAAUGGAAAGGGAGUCUCUUACCUCUGUGGUAUAGGUACUCCUGCUGUGACUAAUUUCAGGCUACCGACAUGACAUCAUUGAACACAAGGUUGGGAAGAUUUGAGCCAGCUCCAGCAUCCACUGUCAUAGCCAAACCUGGAUAAUCCUGACUGACUGGAAAAGAUUAUCAUUUUAUCAUGAAGUAUUUUUCCAGUACAGUUGUAAACCAAUUAAUUACCUAAUCAUUUGAGUUUAUUUUCUUAAAAAUACAUGACAACUCAUUUAGUUUUCUUCUGUUUCUUGAAAAUGUGUAUAAACCUUUAUAUCAUCAGCCUACCCUGAGCAGUGAUGUAAUGAACUAAAAUACUAAUAAUAGCAUUUAAACUUUAAAAGCCAUAAUUGAAAAAAUAACAAAAUCUGAAUUUUUGCUGCUAUAAGAUACAUACUUGUAGGGUAAUUGGUUUGAUUUUGAAAGUCACCAAUGAUUACCAGAAACCAUAACAUCUAUUGAAUCUGUCAGAAAGAUCAGAGAAGAGAAAAAUAAUACUAUUCUUUCCUGCUGUUAUUUCUAAAGGGUAUGCUGUUGUAAAGCACAGAAUCCAUCAUUUUUAAAAUAUACAUGUAGAAAAUUACUUAAUAACAUAAAUCAGAAGCCUUUCUAAAUUGAAAUGUCAUCAUCUUAAAAUAUUACAUGCCAUUUUUAAAGUACAUGAGGUGGGGAGAGGAAGAGUAAAGAAAUAAAAACACAAUUACAAUGUAAAACUUUCUACUAAGACUUUCUCUUAAUAUUAGAGAUUUGAGCAGGAGAAUUAAACCUCUAGAUUAUUUUGUGGUUGGUGUUAAGUCCCAAGAAUAGUUUUGCUUCUUGGUGGUGGGUGAGAUGGCAUAUUUAGUUUUCCAAGUAAGAUAGCAUUUAAAGAAAGUAUUUUACCAUUUUUUUAAGUGUAAAAAAUUUCAUUUCAACCUUCUGCCAAAUACAUAAAUAAUAUAUAUUCAAAGCAAAAAAUAUUGGUCCCUCCAGAAAAAAGUAAUUCUGAAAGGGAAGUUUUACAGCUACAACCCAAGUCUUGGUUGCUGAAAAAAAAAUAUUUUCUUGCCACAAAGCCUAGGAAAGUAGAAAUUAACAAGGUAGAUGAAAAUAAAUACACCUUUAGAGAAUUGCUGUCUCAAUUACAGAUUUCGUACUGGAUCUCUCUUCAGACAUUGAUGAGACGCAGCAAGAAGCUUCAUAUUCUGUGAAGGCUUAUUCCUGGAAGUUUUUGACACAUUCCACUUACAUUUUCAUGGCCAUCAAGAGGCACAGUAAGUUAAGAACAGUUGUAAUUCAUGCAGUAUUCGCUUGUUCUUGAGCUUUUGGUUAAAAACUUACAUCUGUAAGAUAAUAGGUAGAAAUUUCCAAAAGUAAGGAAUCCUUUUUCUCUAUUCAGUACCUGAUCCCCAACCAACAUAUAGCAGUUGCUCAGUAAACAUUUGUAGAAUAAGUGAAAAGCAAGAGGUGAAAACCUCUGGAGUGAGGGAAAGAAUGCCAUGAAGGAUACCAUCACACCAUAAACACACUUAAUAAUACAGUGCUUUUCAAACUAUUUUUACUGCAAACCUCAAUAAGAAACACGUUUUUCAUUGUGACCCAGUACAUACUUAUGGAGGUCUAUAUAUACAUAAAGCAGUAGGUAUCUUUAAUAUGUACAAUUUCUUGUACAAUUUGUUUUUUAUUCUGUUUCAUUUUUUUAACAAUGAUUAUGACAACCUGCUAUUGAAUUGUGAUUAACACUACUCUAAUACAAUUAUAUAAAAUGCUUCUACUUAAUAA